UGCAAACCGGCUGUCUGUCAGUGACAAGGGGAAGGAGAGAGUUGACGGUACCAACAUGGCGCUGAGGUUAAAAGCAAUGUUCCAUCCUAAUAUUCAACAGUCCGCGAUUGUUGAGGGGAUAAAGUCACGUCGGUGCCGCGUUUUAUCAACGCCUUUAAAAAUUUAUCGUGUCACUUAUGAACUACUACUACUACUACUACCACCACCACUACCACAUCUCUUAUAUUUAUUUAUUUUCCAAGUUUAACGCCAAGUAAAAUCGUACAUUGACGAGUUCACUUCUACUUCGCUUUCAAUGAAAAUUAUUUAUACGAAAACAGUGACGGCAAUCACACUAUAAACGUGCAAUAAAUUAAAUAUAAGAGAAGAUAAAUAGUAUUGAGAUUAACAUAACGAUAAAAUAAAUUAAUAAGUGUAUUAGAUGUGUUGUGAGUUUUAAUUACUUUCAAACGGAAAUAUCAUCAAGAAGUGGAGAAAUAGGAAGACUUUAAACGUUUGUCGAGUGAUUGAGUUGAGACAACCAACGAAUUUCUGCUCGGCAGAAUGUCAAUUGUCAUGCAGUAUGUAGACCGAUUCCAUGAAAUACUGGAUAAAAAUGCGGAUACUCGGACGACCAAUUGGUUUUUAAUGCACUCACCUUUUCCGACGUUAUUUAUAUGUCUGUCUUAUAUAUAUGUCGUGAAAGUAUUAGGCCCAAAAUUAAUGGAAAAUCGUAAACCAUUUGAAUUGAAAAAAGUUUUAAUUGCCUACAACUUAUUUCAAGUUGUAUUUUCAGCAUGGUUAUUUUACGAGAGUCUGAUGGGAGGCUGGUGGGGCCAUUAUAGUUUCCGUUGUCAACCAGUGGACUAUAGUGACAAUCCAAUCGCGAUAAGAAUAGGAAUGUCCGGAUGGCUGACGGGAGAUUACUCACUAAAGUGCCAGCCUGUAGACUACAGCGACCGACCUCAAGUACUGAGGAUGGUCCAUGCUAGUUGGUGGUACUAUUUCUCGAAAUUCACAGAAUUUUUUGACACAUUCUUCUUCGUUCUUCGGAAAAAGAACCGCCAUAUUUCAACUCUUCACGUAAUUCAUCACGGAUGUAUGCCAAUGUCAGUAUGGUUUGGAGUCAAAUUUACUCCCGGAGGCCAUUCAACUUUCUUUGGUUUACUCAACUCUUUUGUCCAUAUCGUCAUGUACUCUUACUACCUCCUAGCAGCUCUUGGUCCCCAAGUACAACCUUACCUUUGGUGGAAAAAAUACCUCACAGCUUUUCAAAUGAUACAGUUUAUUGCUAUUAUGAUUCAUGCAUUCCAGUUACUAUUCAUCGAAUGUAAUUAUCCAAAAGCUUUUGUAUGGUGGAUUGGACUUCACGCGGUCAUGUUUUUAUUCUUGUUCAAUGAAUUUUACAAGCAAAGCUACAUUGAUAAGAAAGCACACAAACAGGCCAAGGAAGCAAAAAUAGCAAACACCAACGGUACCGCGGGUAACCACAUGGAAAAUGGUAUGUCCAAUGGCGAGAAGCAUACAAUUUCCAAUGGUAGCUCACAAGUAAAUAGGCGAGAUACUACAAGCUAUCAUACAAAAGAUAAGAGUACUGUUGAAAAUGAUAUGAAUCUUCGAAAACCAUACAAAAUUGUAGAAUGACGUGAAUGCUACAAUGGCGAAAUUAAAAAAAAUUAUUUUUAUAAAUCGAAAAAAAAAAUAUAUAUAUAAACUAUGAAUUCUCAUCUACAAUUUAUCGCUCAAUUUUUCCGGUAAAAUCACCGGAAAAUUAUGGUGUCGACGCUUCUUUAUCUUUUAUUGCAUCGAUGCCGAGAGGAAAGAGUUUUACAGAGUUAUGUAUAAAAAUAAGCAUUUUUUUUUAUUAUUUAUUUGCAUUUUUAAAAAAGCGAACAAUGGAAAGGUUAAGUUAACAUUGGCUCGUUAAAGAUAUUUUGAAUAAAUUAAUUCCUCGAUGCAUUUAAGAUUUUUAGUUUGUAAAAAUUCAUUAUACAAGAAAUAGAAAAUUCAAAAAGAUUUUUAGGUUAUAUAAAAGUUUUUCUAUUAAUUAAUUUUUAUAAUUGAAAAGGAAAGAAGAAAUGUAAAAUAUUGAACGUCGAACAUUUACUGACACCAAAAUGACAAAGUAAAAAAACUGUAUAUAUAUAGAUAGAUUUUUUUUCAAUAUUAUGAAUACGAAAGUAAGAAAAAUGUAAUUUAAUAUCGACGAUAUUUGUUAUUAAGAGUAUCUGAAAAUCUUAACUUUUUUAAUUUAUAUAAAAAAAAAAUAAUAAUUAAUUAAUAAUGGCGCGAAUACAUAAUAUUUUAUAAUGUCUCUUAUACGCGGCUCUUGUACAUAUUUGUUACGUAUUAAAUAAUAACUUAAUAACUUUGAAAUGAGCUGAAUACAGUUUUAAAUUAAAUCGUUUAAAUAGGAAUAAUUAUUACGAAAUAUAUCAGAUUAUAGAUGAUGUAUUUUUAAUUUAUUAACAUUUUUAUAAGUAUAUGUAUAAAAAUGAAGAAGUAUCUAAAAAAAAAAAAAAUAAGAUAUGUAUACCUAUGAGAAAGUACUUGAAGUGAUUUUGUUGCAAGGAUCUCAAUAUAGGUAACCUUAUUUUUUUGUUCAUUAAUUUAGUUUUUCGUUCUCAACGUACCUAGCUGGGUUUAGCAUGCUCAUUAAUUUAAUAUUCCAUUUUUUAUGUUAAUCACAAUUAAAAUAACUACGUAUAUAAUACACAUUUAUACUGUUUUAAUAAAUUGGUAAAAAUAGGCUUAAUUUAUUUUGGUAAAUAAUUUUAACUACCAAAAUAUUCAAUAAAUAUAUCAAUUUAAACAA